UAAAAGACCGAAGGUCCAAUAGUUUGUCGUUCUAUCUUCUCAUCUCUUUCUUCGUCGCGUCUUCUUCAUCUUCACAUCUUAGCGCGCCAAUGGCUUUUGCGUUCGUCCCCGCUCUUUCUCUAUCUCUCCAAAGCCCUAGAGAAGGCCUAACUAGGGUUUCUAUACUCCAGAGUCGCACACCUAGACUCCAAAUCUCCUUCAAUGGCUCCAAGCUUCCGUCUUUUUCUUCGUUUCUACUCCCGAGAAGAUGCAUUUUUUCUCUGAAAUUUAAGUCAGUUUCUGGCCGCAAUCUCUCUGAGUUUACUGUUAAAAACAAGAAUUACGAGUUUUAUGAUGGUGUUGCGGAUGUCGAACUGAGGCUAGAUAUUGGCACCAUGGGCGUCCAGGAUUCCAGUGAUAUUUUUGUUGAUGCAAAUGAGACGUCGUUAUUAGUUAGAGUUAAAGCAUCAGGCUCUUUGAUAACUCUUUUGGAUACCAAUCAUCUGUAUGAGAAGAUAAAACCUUCUGAGACCAUAUGGUAUAUAGAUGAGGAUCAACUGGUAAUCAAUUUGAAGAAAUAUGAUACGGAAUUAAAAUGGCCUGAUAUCAUGGAGUCCUGGAUGUCUCUCACUGCAGGAGUGUCCCAGCUUUUGAAAGGCACUUCAGUUUAUCUUGUUGGAGAUUCGACGGAGAUUAACCAGAAAGUUGCUGGAGAACUUGCCUCUGGUAUCGGAUAUACUCCACUUUUCACUAGUGACUUGCUAGAAAGAUAUACUCAGCAAUCCAUUGAAUCAUGGGUGAUUUCCGAAGGAGCUGACUCUGUUGCUGCAGGAGAAGGUGUGGUAUUAGAAAGUCUUAGCAGUCAUGUUCGUGCUGUUGUUGCUACAUUGGGAGGGGAGCAGGGAAUUGCUAGAAGAUCUGAUAAAUGGCAGCAUCUUCAUGCUGGCUUCACUGUAUGGUUAUCCAAAUCAGAAGCUUCAGAUGAGAAUUCUGCGAAGGAAGAGGCUCGAAUGAACAUGCAGGAUAAAAAUCUCGGAUACACAAACGCGGAUGUGGUAGUGAAGCUUGGGGGAUGGGAUGCAGAACAUACACAAGCUGUUGCUCAAGCCUGCCUGAGUGCUCUGAAACAAUUACUGUUAUCAGAUAAACAGCUAACAGGGAAGAAGAGUCUUUACAUCAGAUUAGGAUGCCGAGGAGACUGGCCGAAUAUCAAGCCACCUGGUUGGGAUCCGGCAAGCGGAGUAGAUUCUUCUGUGGAGUACUAAAGAGAAGCCUCCCUCUAUCAACAUUUUGUUCCCUAUAUUUAGGCUUUUGUUAUAUCAUUUGUGCAACAACUGUGCUCCAUGACUUUGUUACAUGUUUCCUUUUAAAUAGUAAUAAAUCUUCACAUGGUUGUAGGUCA